AUGGCUGUUUGUGUUGUCCCCACAGUGAGCAGUGAUGAGCUGCUGUCUCUGACCUCACCCAAAAUGAGCCAGCCCAAAGAGCGUGAGAAGGAGAAAGAGGCCGGGCUCCACACUCAGGUCCAAGAGCAGCUCCAAGGCAGCCCUGGGACAAGCCACAGCCAAGGCAUACGGCUCCAGUCAGUGCCUCUCAUCCUUCACCAACUGCCAGCCCCCCCUCUCGGCAACCCUCAGCGACCGUCACAGCCAGCAAUGCGGAUCUUACAGUGCCGUCAGCGACCUGCCCAGGAGAAGGAGAAUGAUAUGGUUUAA